CAGGAAGUCGCUGGAGGAGGCAGCGGCGGCGCGGCCGGUCGGCCAGGUGGGAGGCUGCCGGCUGGCCAUGAGCGGCCUACGGGAGACCGCGGCGGAGGAGGCGGCGGCGGCCGAGGCGCCGGCCUGGAAGCUGGCCCUUCUGGAGCGGAAGCGGGCCAAGCUGGCGGCCGGCAUGAGCCAGGGACGCGGCCGGGGCUCUGCUCCGCGGCCCGGCCAGAGCUCCGAGGCGGUCGAGGCGGGGUCGGUGGUGGCCGAGAGCCUGGGCCCGCUGCGGGAGAACCCCUUCAUGCGCCUGGAGAGCGAGCGGCGGCGGCGGCGGCGGAGGGGCGCCUGCGAGUUCCCGGUCCCGGCUCCCCCCCGCUCUCCGCCCGCCGAGUCCCCGGCCCUGGCGCAGCUGCUGCAGCUCUACGGGGCCAUGCCCGGCAUCCGCACCAUCCGCGCCGAGAACAUCCUCAUCAUCGAGUCCAGCGACGCGGCGGAGCCCGCGGAAGGCGGCCGUCAGAGGUCCCAGCUGCGAGAGCUGCUCGCCCGGCACGGCCCUCCCGUCACCGAAAUCCGCGCGGCCCAAGUGGUCGUCUAUGAGUCCGAAGCGCCGCCGCUCGCCGGCCCCGAUUCCGGUCUGGUCAGCCGGCUGCUGCAGAAGUUCGACCGCGCGGCCCAAGGCAAAGGUCGAGGAGGCGACGGCCCUGCCCUGACGGUGCCCCCGCCGGCCGGGACCCUCGCCGCCCGCCCGGCCCCGCCGCCCGAUGCUCAACGCGCCGGCGUUUUCCUGCAGAAAAUCGGCUCCAACUCCUUCGUGGUGAAUCCGCGGGGACACCGCCCCCGCCUCCGCGCCAUCUCUGGGCUCAGUAAUGAGGGUGCAAAGGAGGAGGAGGGCGCUGCUGCCCCUCCGCCUCCUCCUGGCAGUCCCGGUCAGCGCGAUGUGGCCUCCACCUCCAACGCCGUGCCAUCCUCCGGGAGCCCCACACCUUCCUCUCCGCCAGAAGCUGAGGUGGAGAAGCCAAAGUCCGAGGCUGCCGCUGCCCUUGAGACCUCGCCACAGCCGUCCCCGCCGUCCAGUGCCACUCCGGCCGGCCGAACCUCAGACGGUCCUCCCCGGCCCAGCCCGCUCUUCAGCUCCAGCUGUUCCUUUGAGAUCCACCCAGCCCCGAAGCCCGAUCUCGAUGCCAUCCCUGCUCACGACCUCCAGGCGCGUGCCUUGGCCAGCCUGCGGCUCAAUUCCCGCAACUCCUUCCUCUUUGUGCCCCAUCGGAAAAAGGCGCCUCCUCGGCCCGCCGAGGCCCUUCCCGCUGCCCCCGAGGAGAAGUCGGCAGAGGCUCCGGUGCCCGUGACUUACAUAGACGAGGACUUGGUAACAGCCAUGCCACCCUUGAAAGUCUUCAGCCCCAGGCUGGAGGGUUUCCAUGUGCCCCGAGAAGGUGCCUUGGCUCUGGAGACGGAGGAGCCUGCCUUGCCCACCUACAGGCCCCUUUCCACUGGCUCCGUUACUCGCACCAACAACACCUUCACCGUAGUGCCCAAAAGGAAGCCCCCCACGGCCGGCCUGGAGCGCUUCAGCAGAGCCUGGCUGCAGGAGGAGGAGGAAGAGGAGCAAAGCCGAACGGAAGCGCCGAUGGGAGCCCUCCCGCAGGAAUCGGGUCGGGUCAAAAAACGCUAUCCCACCGUCAAUGAGAUCGAAGUGAUCGGCGGCUACCUUUCUCUCAAGAAGUCCUGCAUGAGCAAAUCGGGCAUUCGGCGCAAAAAGAUGAAAAUAUCCUUCAACGAGGCCAGCUUGCAAACCAUGUUUGAAUAUCCAUCUGAGGGCUCCUUAAUGGUGGAAGAGGAGGAGGAGGAGGAGGAAUACGCCACAGAAGUAGAUGAGACGCCCGCCUUCCGCAUUCCUCGCGCAAACACUGCUGUCAACUCAGGUUUGUCCGGUUACAUUCCAAAGCACUCCCUGGGCUUCAACAAGUGGCAGGAGCAACUGCACCAGAAGUUGCCUUCAAGCGUCGGAGCCCUUCCACAGGAGACUGACCAGCCGGCCAUGCUCACCCCUUCCGAAAAAAGCCACCUCUCUGACUUCAGUAGCGAACCUGCCCUCUACUUCUGAAUCCUGAGCGCCGCUGAAGAAAUAUAUCCUUGGCACCUUUGCCCCACCAGGUACCCGGAGAGACAAAGGUGGCGCACCAAGCCAAACUUCUCUUCCCUCCUCAGGUACUGAGAUGCCCCGAAGGGCCCCUCACGUUCAAAUGCACCUCUCGUUUUGGCAGCUUGGUUUUUUUUUUUGUAACCUGCAGCCUUCCUGUACUGAGAAAACAAACAAGCACCUGAAGUGGCCAGAUGCUGAAAGGCCGCCAAAUGCUCAGACUGCUGUUGAGCCACUAGGCUGAGCUGCUCCCUCCAGCCAGAUGUGCGCAAGGCGGCUCAGCAACGAGCUGCCGCCGAACAAACAAGCAAGCCAGCUGUAACCCAACGGAAAAUAUUGCCUCGGGGCUCCCCUUGGGGAAAUUGUGUUCCAAACACUUAGCGGAAGUGGCCAUUGGGUUUUUCAGCUGGGCAAAUGAUGACAAAUACUGCUGCCUUUAAUAGACUAACUGUACUAGUGGACUCUUGUUACUUUUUAACGGAAAUUCCAGUUCCCCAAAGGGCCAAUUGCAAAUAGGCGCCCUAACCUGUUGCUUGCAGUUCUGUGACCAAACCGUGCAGGAGCUCAGCCGGUACAGUGGUCUCUUAAGAUGCAUCUAGCGGCAACUGGAAUCCUGUAGAAAGUUGGCAAUUGGUGAUCCUUGUAGUCUUUUUUUUUUUUUUUUUUGAGCCUCACACGUUUUCCUUGCCAGAUCCAAAGUGUUGGUAACCGAGGCUUUCAGAGCUCCUGUGUCUGCAUGAAGCUCUGGGUCAGGGGGCCAAUCCUUCACCCGCGGUGCCACUUAAGUGCUGCUUCGCUGCUGGGGGCUCUUCCCCUGCUCAGCUCUUAAGAGCCAAGUUUUUCAGCUCAAGCCUGAAUCUUGGGAGAAGGGACGGAGGCUCCUGGCCCUCCGAUCCUUCCUCUCCAAAGUAUAGCGAUAACCUUUUGCCGUCAUAUUUUCCAGAAAGCAGCUGGUCGGAUCCUCUGAAGGAUGAUUAUUUUUCUGAUUAAUUGGCCAGCACUGCAUUCAGGUUGUGGAAACCAGAGUAAAAACACUGUCACUAGCAUUUCAGUAACACUCCAGGCAAGAGCCGGAUGUUGUGUUUUGUGUCCGGGGCUCAGCCACGCGGAGGAGCCUCCUGUGACGAAAGGACCGCGUUUUAAGCCUCCCGGAGACUAGUUGUGCGUCUUCUUUCUCUUUAGUAUCUUAAAUCAAAACAAGUUAAUUCACUCUUGUAUGUUUUGCACUUAAUUGUUUAUUAAUGGAGGAAGCUGGGGCUUUGAUCUUACACUCCGCUGGGUCCUCCGCUGGAGGAAUGAAUCUGCUGUACACGUUCCUCUUCCGCCUUUGAAUGGUGUCACUGGGCUCCCCAGGUUCAUUAAACCACACAGGUGAUUUCUUCA